CCAGGGAAACACUUUUAGCCAGCUUUUGCACAGUGCCCAACUCCGAGCACCACAAAUACGGAAUGGUCGCCUUCAACAAUGCCACUCAAGGUCGUGGUGGUGAAUUUGACCUGGACCUACCUGUGAUGAACUGCAGAGAAUACUCCUUUAUCUUCUCUGUUGUAGAGCCUGAAAUUUCGGAUGUUGUUUCAGCUUUAUUUCAUACAAUUUUACUUCAUAGGACGUUGCCGACUCUUGAUUUUAAAGGAGGAGCAGUGAGCUACAACUCCUAUCUUGGUAUAUGUGAUGUGGAUUGUAAAAGUCUUGACUUGACCUACGUAUGUAUAAACUCCAACCAACUUAUCGAAAAAGUGGCAACUUCAGUUUCAGCCUUUGUUGAAGCCAUGCAUCGUGAUAGCUGUUCAUCUAACAAUAAUGGCGAAGUUCGUGGCGCAAUUAACUUGGAGUUUGUGGUUCACAGAAAAGGGGUUUGGUUGGGACCAGAAGCCGCAACUUGGGAACGUUGGAUUGUAAAUGUGAUUCUGAAAAGCGUCAGUGCGAAUGAAAAAGAGGAUCAUCGUCGUCAAAUUAGCAGUCAACUAAGAGAUGAAUUGUGCAACAUUCUCGAACACUUCAACUCUCCCUCAGCUUAUGCUCCAUCUUUAGGUAGCUCACAAGUGGAAACAGAACACAUCAUUGACUUCUCUAUGUGCGGGAUUUCACCCUAUCGGUUUAGUAUAAAUUAUCUUUCUAAUUCAUGUCAAAGUCGUUCCGGAGUGAGUGUGACCAUGAGGCGUAUAUUUAAAGAUGCUAGACUUUGAUAUACAUUUUUAUUUUCAUAUUUUGUGUAUUAUCAAUAAUAUGUACCUAAUUUUGAUACCGAUAUUGGACUAUCAGUCAUAAGCGAUUCGGCAUUUAUAUAAAGUCGUGGGAUUCAGUUCUUUAUUUCCUAAUUCUUGUUUUUAUUUUUCGCUAUGUUUAUUACUUGAAGUUGCAUAUUAGUAUUUCUUUAAUUCUGAUUGCUGCUUUGUUAUGAUUUUGGUGAAUUUUUAUAAAAAUUGCGAUGAACCAGUUGCAGAUGUGAGUUUGACUUGCAUUGUGCGAUUCACUUAAUGUAGGGUCACCAAUCCCUUGGUUUAGAAAGAAUUCUCUCGUUUAUGUAGUUUUAGUAGCUGUUAAAUCAACAUCUAUCCAUCACCUAUUCCUUCAAUAUCAAACAAAAUAUGAAGUAAUAGUAAGGAGCUCAGUAAUUAAAAGCAGGGUUAUAAACUAGGUUUUUAUCGCAUUAAUGAGAUGAGGGAUUGAUUAUGAAGUUGUUUUAUUAUUACUAAUGGUUUUAUUCAAUAUAAUUUUUUUGGUACAAUAUAGAAUUCUUAGCACAAGGUAUUUCA